UUAAAAUAGACAGGGCAACUCAAGAAGCCAUUUUGCCUCUGGUGGAAAAACAUCAUGGUCUGCGGUCAGGGAUUGCGACAGCUCUCAUCCUGUUGACCUGUUACACCCUGUGACAGUCUUGCUUUCUUCAAUCUGACCAGGAUCACCAUCACUCUGGAAACUUGUAGAUCUCUGUAAUCCACAUUCUUUUCAUUUUUUCCAACAGCAUUCCCUUCUGACAUGAUUAAAGCAUGAAGAAACUGAUGUCUUUAGCCCAAAAACUCUGUCCAGGGUCACGGAGAGACCUGGACGUAAAGAAACCGGCUGGAGCCUGCAAUGGUCUAGACCCGCCGCAGGAGAAGAUGAUCAUGAGGAGGGAGAUUUCUCUCACUAAUGGCAUCUGCUUAAUUGUGGGCAACAUGAUUGGCUCAGGCAUUUUUGUGUCGCCAAAGGGUGUGCUGAUGCACAGCGCCUCCUACGGCCUUUCGCUGGUCAUCUGGGCUCUCGGUGGCAUCUUUUCUGUGUUUGGUGCACUGUGUUAUGCAGAACUUGGAACCACUAUUACAAAGUCUGGCGCUAGUUACGUGUACAUCCUGGAGGCUUUUGGGGGUUUCCUUGCUUUCAUUCGUCUGUGGACGUCCAUCCUGCUGGUCGAGCCGGCUAGCCAGGCGGUCAUCUCGCUGACGUUUGCCAACUACCUGGUGGAAGCGUUCUACCCAACCUGUCAGCCUCCGUACGAUGCUGUGAGGCUGAUAGCAGCGGCUUGUCUCUGUGAGUCCUCAGUGUGAAAGUCUUGUCUGCUUUUUCAGUAUUGAAGAGCAAUACUGCCUUUUUAAUCUUUGAUCAACCACCUCUUAAACGACUUCCCUUUUCGGCUGGUUUCUGUUAGUCAUUGUGU